AUGGCUGACUCCGACGGCGAGUAUGUCGGCGACAUGUCGGACGACGACCUCAUGGACCAUCGCGUCUCCAACGACAAUCCCCAAGCACCGAAAGGCAAAUCCUCAAAAUCGAGAAAAGGCGACUCAGCUAGAGCUUGGGAAGUCUCGAAGCGGACUUGGGAGACGGGUCUACCAGAGGAGGAUCAAGACGGCGUCCUGAGUAUCAACGUACUCGAAGCCGAGAAGCGAAAGCGACUACUACGCGACACAACACCGCUACAGAGAGGAAUCAUUCGGCAUAUGGUGCUUGUGCUGGACAUGUCGUUUGCUAUGAUAGAAAAGGACCUUCUACCGACGAGAUACCGCCUUAUGCUGAGCUAUGCGGUUGCUUUUGUACGGGAGUUCUUUGAGCAGAACCCCAUUUCGCAGCUAGGUAUUAUUGGCAUGCGCGAUGGUGUUGCUGUCAGAGUCAGCGACGUGGGAGGAAACCCAGCGGAACAUUUAGAUAAGCUAAAGGGAUUGGAGAGUCAAGAUCCUCAAGGAAACCCAAGUUUGCAGAACGCUCUCGAGAUGUGUCGAGGAGCUCUAUUCCAUGCGCCCUCCCACGGUACGCGAGAAGUUUUUAUUAUCUACGGCGCCCUAUUAUCGAGCGACCCUGGCGAUAUCCACGAGACCAUCGGCAACCUCAUCACAGACCGAAUACGCGUUUCCAUUGUCGGAUUGUCCGCCCAUCUGGCCAUCUGCGCAGAUCUCUGCUCACGGACAAAUGCCGGCGAUGGGUCACAAUACAAUAUCGCAAUGGACGAGGUUCACUUCCGCGAACUCUUCCUCGCAGCCACAACGCCCCCAGUGACGCGCACGGUUGAGCAGAGCACAGCCAGCCUGCUCAUGAUGGGGUUCCCAUCCCGGACGCUUGUUCCAAACGGGACGACGAGUUACUGCGCCUGUCACAAUCGGCCUUGCCGCGAAGGUUAUCUCUGCACCCGUUGCGGCGCUCGCGUGUGCCGUAUCCCCUCUGAGUGCCCAUCGUGCGAUCUUACGCUUAUUCUGUCCACGCAUCUGGCCCGAUCAUACCACCAUUUGUUUCCGCUAAGGAACUGGAUCGAAGUACCUUGGGCCAAAGCCACCACCUCAGCAGGCUGUUUUUCAUGUCUUGCGCCCUUUCCUGAGCCACCGAAGAACAAAGGGCACGACAAGUCCAAGGAAGACAGUGGCGCGCCAAAGACAGCCAAAGGCGUCAGCGAGAGCGGCCGCUAUGCAUGUGAGGUUUGCGGACAACACUUUUGCAUCGACUGUGAUGUCUUUGCCCAUGAGAUCGUCCACAACUGUCCAGGUUGCCAAAGUUUAAUAUCAAAGACUGAUGGUGCUGCCAUAUCGGGUGAACAUAAAGGUACGGCUGCGCAUACCAACGGCGAUGUUGCCAUGACAUGA